UCAGGCCCUCAAUGCAGUCAGAGCAAGUCCGCCCACAAUCGAUAUCGCCGAUAAGUUCGUUCUUCUGUAUCGAGAGGAAGAGGUAAAGAGUGAAAAAUUGCUGGGGCGAUUCAAGUCUGUACUCAGGUACACCGCAUCAGAAGCCGAUGGCGGCUCGGAUGGUCGACCGAGAGCCAAAGAUAAGUCUGAUAAGGAGAUAAGCCAAGAGGAACAUGGGCAGCGGGUAGAUUCGGAUGACUACCUACUUCGUACUGGUCUGUACUGGCUUUCUCUCAGUCAUAGUAAACCUUCCAAGGUUGUUUAUUUGGUGAGAUGAAGUGGUCCAAGAAUUUCUAUCUCUUAGCAAUAUUGUGCAUCUCUACCGAGCAGACCCCACCUUUUUCUGCUGAGUUUUACUAUCUCGACUCCCUAACCCAGGUACCUACAAGUAAAUUGAUUAUUACCAAAAGACUACUGCUAUUGUGCAUUAUACAUCGCGAAUUCUAUAUUGGCGAUAACCACGACUCACCGAUACUCCUGACGGCUUCACAACGAACCGCGACAUUCCCCCUAGUUGUUAAGAACAACGAGUCCUUCGCCGUCUAGUCAAUACUAUCAAUAUGUUCGGUGGAUUCGCACCCCCACAGCUCUCUGCCGAGGAGAUGCGACAGCUUGAAGGCGAGGCCAACUUUACUGUCAAGUCGUUCUUCGCGACCGCUCUCGUCCUAUAUAUCUCUCCCUUCGUCGUCGACGCUGUCUCUGGCUUCUUGUAGACGACACCCGUGAUACUAGAUAGACUCGACGCAUAAGAGCAUACAUAGCCUGUCAAUUGCUGUCCGGGACCCGCCGAUCAGAGAAGAGGAUACAAC